GAAAAUUAGUUUCAAAUGCAGAGAUUUUAUAUCAGAAACAAUUGGGUUAAAUAUUCUUUGUAUUUUAAGUAUUUAAUAUUUGCCUGAAAAGAAUUGUUGGGUUUUUUCAGGCCUGCAAAGAAAAUUUCUAAGAAGAAGAACAAGGUCAAAAAGCAAAUUACUUCUAAGGAUGACCUUGUCGACUUCAUUCAGUCAUCUGAAACAGCCUCAGAGGAUUGUGGGUUGCCUUACUCUAAGAAUUUCACGUUGCUGACUGAACAACUUGGCAUGGAUUGUAAAGAUUCUGCUGGCUUCUUAAAAAUCCAAAAUAUACUUGUUUCUUAUAAAAGAUUAAGGAAACUUAACAAAAAUCACUGUAAACGAGUUACGGGAAAAAUUAAAAAAAUGGAAAAAACGGUUAGUGCACUACAAAACGAGCUACGAGAAGCCAAAGACGUGACAUCACGGUUAGAGCAUCAAAAAGUGGAAUGGGAACAUGAAGUAUGCAGUUUGAGAUUUAGUUUAAAACAAGAGGAAGAAAAAAGAAGAAAUGCUGAUCUGUUAUAUGAAAAAAGUAGGGAGAAGUUAAGAAGAAUAGAAGACCAAUAUAAGAAAGAAGUUGAAACAAAACAAGAAUUUGAACUCGCUCUUAGAACACGAAACAUGGAAUUGAAGGCCGCAAAAGAUAAUUUGAAUCAGCUUUCUGAUAGUCGUGAGGAAAUACAAGAUCUGUUGCAUAAAAACCACAUGUUGCAGGAUGAAAUCGCCAUGCUAAGACUGGAAAGAGACACCAUAAAAAAUCAGAACCAGAGAAAGGAAACGAAAUAUUGUGAAGACAUUGAAAGUGUAAAGGAAAAGAAUGACAAUCUUCAAAAGACCAUAAAGCAGAAUGAGGAAACAUUAUCAAAAACAAUAUUCCGAUAUAGUGGACAGCUUAAUGUUCUGACUGCUGAGAUUACGAUGCUAAAGUCUAAACUGGAGAAUGAAAAACAAAAUAAAGAGAGCCUGGAAGCAGAAGUUGAAUCAUACCGUGCUAGACUGGCUACUGCUGUACACAAUCAUGAUCAGAGUCAGACAUCAAGAAGAGACCUAGAACUUGCUUUCCAGAGAGCAAGAGAUGAAGAUGGUCACUUACAGGACCAGAUGAAUGUUGAUGUGUCUAAACUACAAGAUAAAAAUGAAGUUCUUUCUCGGCAACUUUCUCAAGAUGAAAGUAAAUUCAACGCCCUGGAAAUUGAGCUCCAUCACACAAAAGAUGCUCUCAGAGAAAAGACUUUAGUUUUAGAAUGUGUACAAAGGGACCUAAGCCAAACACAAUGCCAGAAGAUGGAAAUUGAACACAUGUAUCAGAAGGAACAAAGUAACAUGAAUAAAUACAUUGCAAAGCAGGAAUCCUUCGAGGAAAGGUUAUCUCAACUACAAAGUGAAAAUAUGUUGCUUAGACAGCAACUAGAUGCUGCUCACAACCAAGCUGACAGUGAAGAAAAGCUAGUGAUUGAUAUGCAAGACCAGUUUCAGAAUAUCCCAAAAUACCUUAAAGCUAAACGUGAAGAACAAGGUCUUAUGCUGGGAGAAAGAAAUAAGGAGUUAACCGAUGAGUGUAAACAUUUAAAAGAAAGAAUGUAUAAGUAUAAAAAUGAGAAAAAAAAAUUAGAAGUAGUGGUGAGAGAACUUCAACAAAAACUGGCUGAUACUCUGAAGAAACAGUCUAUGUCACACGCUUCCCCGGAGGUUGUAUCACAUCUUCGUCUGGAAGAUGAGACACGGGAUCUCAAGAAGAAAUUAGGUCGAAUCAGAAGUCAAGCUGAUGUCCUUACAACAGAACUGGAAACUACAUCUUCAAAAUGUCUACACCUGGAUGCAAAAAAUCAAAUUCUUCAACAAGAGUUAUUAUCAAUGAAAGCUUUCGAAGAAGAACGUGAAAAACUAGAGAGCAAUAACAAGAAGUUACAACGAGAAGUAGUAAACUUGAAACAAUUUAUGGAAAUGAAUAUGGUAGAACGCAGUCAAGUGGAACAGUAUAAACGGGAGAUUGAAGAAAGAGCACGACUGGACACAGUACAAAAAUUACACGAAGUCAACCUGUUUUUACAGGCACAAGCAGCAGCUCAAGAAAACUUGGACCAGUUAAGAGAAAAUGCUCAUGCUUCAACGAGAAGUCAAAUGGAACUUAGAAUUAAAGAUCUGGAAUCUCAGGUCUCUACAGUGAAGACGUCUCAAGAUUCUACUAAAACAGAGUUGGAAACCUACAGGCAACUCUACCUAGAAGAAUUAAAAGUUAGAAAGUCCUUGAGAAGUGAACUGAACAGGACUAAUGAGAGACUGUCAGAGAGUAAUACAAAACUUCUUGCGGAGAGACAGCAGCAUCAAACUUCACUCAGGACUCUUACUAUGAGCCUAGGCCUGGAAACACCUUAUUGUGGACAUUUUGGAAAUAAUUCAGUGCUCAAUGGAAACCUUACUCCAAGAAGAAACUUAGUGAUUCCUACCUUAAACCCACGGCCGUCAUAUGCCUACUGGGAGACUUCCUUGUGGAAGAUGCAGCGGGAGUUGGAGAAAGGAGUAACCAGAGCACUAGAAGAAGUUGCUCCCGAAUUUGAACGAGGAUCCUGUAGAACUCCUUUAGUAUCUACUGAUGAUUCAAUUCUAAAUCAAGAUCCAGUAUGGAAAGCGUCACGAGAAUAUGUACAAAUUUUGAACAAAAAAUAUAUGAUUUGAAAAAUAAAUAGAAAAAAUUUACUGGGUGCUUACAAAACAUUUUCAUUGUUUCCCCAUUGAACACACUAUAUGGAAAAAUCUUGAUUAAAGGAAAAUGUUUUUGUGUCA